CGCAAAAUUGCCGACCAUGCAGCGCCAUGACUCCAAGACGAUGCUCAAAAAGAUGGAACUCGACUACGACAGUCGCAUGGAGGAGCAAGUCGACGACCUCCGCGAGAAGAUGCGUCUUUUGCAGGUCGACCGCAAGAACAACGUUGAGGCGCUCGAAGCCAACAAAAACUCCAACAAAGAUCUCAUCCGACAACUCAAGCAAGAAAAUAAGGAGCUCCGCAAGCAGAUUGCCGACAUGAAGCGCGCGGAGCAAGCCGCCGGCAAUGUCAUUGGUGGCAACGACCUCGACGACGAGACAGCCCAGAUUGCACAUCACUUGACCAAGUGCCGCAAGCAGUACGACGACGUGCGGCACAAGGUCGCGGCCCAAGUCGACAUUCUCGAGCAACUCAAAGACAAUGUCAAGGACCUUGAACUCGAGAGCAAGAAGCCGAGCAUGGAAGACACGCCCGAGACGCGCAAGAUUCGAAUGCUCGAGAACCGACUGGACAAAGCCAUGAUCAAGUACAACGAAGCGCAGAGCAUCCGCAAGACGUACGAGCAGAUCGUGAAGCGGCUCAAGGAAGAGCGCAUCGGCUUUGACAACCAGCUCGCGGCGAUCGAGCGCGCGGCGGCGGCCAAGAACCACGACUACGAUGAGCUCGUUAUGCUCUCCAACGACGCGGCACACGCCAAGGAGCUCACGCUUCUCGAGCUCGAGCGCGUCCGGUCCAACUACGAAGAGGAGCGCCGAUUGCGCGAGAAGGAGCUCCGCGAGAAGCAGCAAGUCGUCAAGAUGAAGCUCGAUAUGAACGCCCGUCUCGACAAGCGCGAGAAGCUCAAGACCGACAUCGUGUCGGGCGAAGCCGCGCAUUUAGAAGACGAAGAAGCGGUCGUCAUGCGGCAGUCGCUCGCUGUCAACAGCAUUGCGCACGUCCGCAUGAGCGAAGAAAAGAAGGAGCAUCGGACAAAAAUUGACAUUUUCGAAAGCGCCUUCCGCAAAAUCAAGGAAGCCACGGGCGUCACGGACGUCAACGAAGUGAUUCAGAAGAUUGUGAGCCAGGAAGGCACGACCGAGAACCUCAUGAUGCUCACGAAAGAAAACCAAGCGCGGCUCGAAGCGCUCCAAGCCGAACACGUCCAUCUCAAAACGCACGUCGAAGAGCUCAAGUACAGCGGCAGUGGCGGCGGCCAUCGACGCAAAAUGGUCGACGACCACGAAGCCAACCUCAACAUUGCAACCGCCAAGCUCGAGCGUGCACGCCUCAAGUACGAACGCGUCGCCAAGAUCCUCAUCAGCGUCAAGGCCGGCGUCGAGCACUUGGUCGACAAGAUCGAGUCGGUGCGGGAAGACGGCAAGGCAAUUCAUGUCGGCGACGACACCAUCGUCGAGGCCCUCCACCAGAGCGAAGUGACGCUGACCAACAUCUUGACGCUCAUGCACGCCGCCGCGGUGCGCGCUCAAAAGCCAUUGAAAAAUGAAGUCGACGAGACCGAACUGCUCCAAGCCGCCGACGACGAGCUCAGCGUUGGCCUCGCACGCCCGUACAACCAGCGCAUUCCGCUGCCGGGCGACGGGCUCCUGCCCGACGAUUUGGACGGCGACGACAUGGCGAUGGACGAAAACGACGAUGCGCUGUCACGUGACCGGGUCAAGAAGGCCUCCAAGCAAGUGCUUCUCGAUCAAGACAAAAAGAAGAAGCGGAUACAAAAGCGCGCGUCGUUCGCUGACCUCGACGACGUUGGCGAGCUGGACACGUCCAUGGGGCUCAGUGCGUCGGCCGAUGGGAAGAAGCCCCUGUCGUCCCCAGGAAAGAAGAAGGGCUAGCCAUCGACAACAAUGGGACAGAGUGUGCAGGCAUCACCACCGACUUUAUCUUUCAAUCUUUCAAUUCCGAACUCAAUAUGCCACUUACAUGCGUCCACGUUGAA